CCGCCAAAAGUGACGGCGGUCCUUGUGGGCGGCCCGAGGCACAGUAAAUUAGCGUUAAUAACAAAAACAUAAUAUUAUGAAUUAAUCAAUUGUAAUUUAGUGUUUUUGAGGUAAAUAUGUAGGCCACCUUUCCGAUCCGUGUCAAAGUUAUGAGAAAAUGCCACCACCUCGAUCCAGGCCAGUGUUGGACUAUUCAUCGUUCGGGGAACUGGAUGGCGAUGACGAUGACUUCCGGAUCCGCAAGGCCGCCCGUCCGGAUAAGAAGCGGAGCCAGGAGGCGGCCGCGGGCAAGAGAAGGAAGAAACAGCAAGACGAGUGCGCGCUACAGCUGUCGGAUGAGCUGACCUACGAGCAGGAGCUGCAGGUGGCGCUGGCCCUGUCCAUGCAGGAGAACACCGUCACCGCACCCGCCAGCCCGGCAGCAGAGGCCUCGACCCCAGCAGCCACCGAAGCGGUCUCGAACCCUGACCCGCCCAACCGGGCAGCCGCGGCUCAAAACACUUUGGUUGCCGCACAGGAUGACCCCGGCACACCCAUUCCUCCGACGGCCACCGCCGCUGCUGCUGCUCCUCCGAGCCCAGAGCAGCUGCUGGCGCUAUCGGACAAGCCGAGUUCCGGGUCCCCCCUGGCAUUGGCCGAGCCGUCGGCCAGCGAUCGGCGAAUGCUUUCGCCACCAUUGCACGACGAGCCAGAGACGCCCGCGGUGAAGGGAGGAUGCUCCGAGGGAGAGGAGGGCCGCGUCGGUCUGCGGCCAGAGUCGGCGACGGCCUGCGAGCCCGGAACCGGCCUAGGCGAGGAAGCCGCGGAGAGCGGGCCGCAAGCGACCGGUGAUUGCGGAACCGCGACGACGCCGCCGCCGGCAACGACACUUUCAGCGUCAGCAUCAUCGUUGACGGUGCCAGAAGAGCUCCACGAUAGGGGGAAACAGCCAGAGGCCCUAGCAGAGUGCGACACGUCGGAGAGCGCCGCGCGCGCGUCUGGCAAAGGCCAAGCCAAACGCAGGAGCAAGGCCAAGGUCCUCCCUUCCACAUCGCCCCCGGCGCACGAUCCUGCCGUCACCCCGUCUCCAGCGGCGGCUUCGCCCGUCACGGAGGCGGCGCCCAGCAAGGGGAAAUCUCGCAAGAAGGCGCCGGCGGCGGCGGCGGUGGAAAAACCUGUCAAGAAAAGAGUCAAGUCGAAGGCGAAGGGCAGCGCUGCCCUAGAGCAGCCGGCGCAGGUUGGCGCCCCUCCACCUCCUCCGCCACAAGCGGCUGUGCCUCCGCAAGACGCGAACGGCGUGACCGCAGAUGUCGCUUCCGAAGCGGCUCCGGACCCAUCCGCAAGCGCGGCCGUGGCCGACGACGGGGCAACCGACAACGCCGGUGCCUCUGACCACAGCGCGUCGCUCAAGAAGAACAAGAAGGCCAAGACGAGCAAGCCGGUGGGCACGGCACGACCCACGGUGGUCACGCUGCAGCAGAUCAGCGGCGGCGGAGCGAACCAGGAGGGCACUGAUGCCGAAGCCGUCGCUGCUAACGGUAAGAAGAGCGCGGCGGUCAAACCAGCUGCUGCCAAAAGUCGGAAAAUUCUACAGCCGGCAGUUGCUACAGCGGGACGGGGGCUGGGCUCCCCACGGUGCCGAGGGGCCGAAGCGUCAUCGGGAACUCCCGUGGGAGCGACCGGAGCGGCGGCCGCCUUGGCUCGCUCGCCAGGAGGCAUAACCCUGCGCCUGGGCCUGUCGCGGUUCGCUCGGAUCAAGCCCCUGCACCCGACGCUGCCACCAGAGUAGAGACGUCCUGCCGGGAUCGGACAACGCCGGGAUCGGUCCAAGUGGAUCAGCUGUAUUUGGUUAAUGUCACCAGAACCAGCUGUAUUUGGUUAAUGUCACCAGAACCAGCUGUAUUUGGUUAAUGUCACCAGAACCAGCUGUAUUUGGUUAAUGUCACCAGAACCAGCUGCAUUUUGGUUAAAUUUACGAGAACAAGCUGUAUUGGAUAAAUUCUAGAUUUGAAGCUUUCGUGACUGCAAGGAUUCAUACUCUUAGU